AUGAUGAAGUACUUGGAAAAGAAGCAAGAGCAAAAUAAGGCACCAAGCCCUUGUUUGCCCAGACAUGCUCUGCCCACAACUGCCACUCCAUCGCCCAUCUGUUUGCUACUAGAGGCAAUAGACCACAUUAAAGUGGGCUCUUAUUAUGAAAUCAACCACUCUAAGCUCCCUCCCAGAACCACCCCAGAACAGCUCAAGGCGGUUCGGGUCGUCAUGGUGAGUGAGAAGGGUGCGCUCAAAGUGGCUUUGAGGUUCCCAAGCAUUCACUCUCUCCACACUCACAUCACCGAAGGAGGCUACGCAAAACCAUUGGCCAAGCAGAUUCCAGCGCUUAACGAGAAGUACGUGAUGCCAGCAGAAAUGGCUUCAGAGGUGCUUUACCGGAGAAUCCCACCUCAGGAAAUUGCAGAUCGGAGCAACAUUUGGAGCUUCUGGGCUGCUACACCCUCUGCGACAAAUUACCAGAGAAUAAGCUCUUCACCGAGCCCAGCAGUCAGCGGUGAGGUCAUGAACAGGAGUGUGGUUUCCAAAAAGGGUCCAUGCUGGUCGGAGCUAAAGUUCACUGGGAUGGUGACGUGGGGUAAGCGCCGGCAGGUUCGGUACAUGCGCAGGCACGAGCCUUCACCGAGCUCUAGUACUGACGAAGAAGAAGAGACAGGGGAGGAGCUAACAGAGCUAGAGGAAAAUGGUGAUGAUUUCUAUGUGGAUGAUGAGAACGCAAUAACUGUGAUAGAGGAAGAUGAUGAUAUUGAAGAAGAAGAAGAAGAUGUGAAAACAGAGGACGAGGCUCCUCCUGUUGUGCCCUGGAAGAUGAACCUUAGGAGUAGGAAGAGGAAGAGCCAAGAUCACCAUAGAAAGCCCAAGAAAACCACAAAUAAAUCCAAAUCUAUAACAAAACGUCAAAAGCAGAAUCAAGUUGUAGCAGUUCCCGAUCGGAGUAACAAGAAAUUGGUAAAACAAACAGUGGCAAGAUGGUCUGCAGGGAGGUACAAGGCUGCAGAAGAAAACAUGCUGAGGGUGAUGAAGGCCAAGGGUGCUAAAUUUGGGAGCCCAAUACUGAGGCCAGCGCUGAGGUCUGAGGCAAGGAAGCUGAUUGGGGAUACGGGUUUGUUGGACCAUUUGCUCAAACACAUGGCGGGCAAGGUGGCGCCAGGUGGAGCCGAGAGGUUUAGACGGCGCCACAAUGCAGAUGGAGCCAUGGAGUAUUGGCUGGAGAGUGCUGAUCUGUUUGAUAUCAGAAAAGAAGCUGGGGUUCAAGACCCUUAUUGGACCCCACCACCUGGGUGGGGGCCUGGUGAUAAUCCCACUCGAGACCCCAUUUGUACCAGAGAGAUUCAUGAGCUCAAGGAAGAGAUAACCAAGAUAAAAAGGGUGCUGCAUGUGUCCAAGAAUAAAGAGGAUAAUCUAGCUUUAGUGACCACGUCAAAUUCUUGUUUGACAAGUCUUGACUGGGAACAUGAUGGUUCAUUGAUCCACCAAAAGGAGGAGCAUGCAGAGCAAAUCGUUAAGAAAACUAAGAUGGAAGAACAACUAAUGGAUGUUUCUCAAUCUUUGUCUGAAAUGAAGGAACAAAUUGGAAUGCUGAAAUCAAGCAGGGAAGAACCACUAAUUAUCUCAGAUGCACCACCGCCACCAGAUACUGAUCAAAGAGCAGCGACAAAAUCAAAGGGUGGGGAGCAAGAAGAAGAAGAAGAUAAGCUUGAAGGAGGAGACAAUAAUGCAGCAGCCACAGCAACUCACGAGGACAAGGCAGCCAAAAUACAGAGACUGAGGAGUGGUUUCAGGAUAUGCAGGCCACAAGGGUCCUUUCUGUGGCCAAACAUGGGCAUCUCUACCCCACCCUCAGCCUCCUCAUCCUCAGCCACCCACCUCAUCCCUAUACCUCCUCAGCCUCAGCCUGGGUCUCCUGUCAAGCCUGUAGCUGAGAGGCGCCCAGUCAAGACUGCCACUUUAUGCAAUGUGAGCUAUAAACCCUCUGCCUCUCCUCCUAUUUUUCUUCCACCUGGGCCCCCCUCCAAGUCCAAGAGAAGUGUCACCGUCACCAACACCCUCCUCAUCAACCUUAAUGAGCUCCCCAACCCUAACCCUAAUAGCCUCCAAAACGCCUCUGAAACUAGCACUGCAUUGUCUGGGACCCUCACCUACCAGAGAAGACACCAUCAUCAGCAAUAUCCACAUAUGUUGAAGGCUAAGACAGAGGACGGGGAAGAUGGAAAUGCAAGCAAUGAGUCUUCUAAGCAGCAGCAGCAUGAUGAGCCGACAAGGUGGUGCUCUUCUUCAUCUCCUUCCACUACUGCCAAAUGGAUGGGACAUAAAUGGUGACUUGCUACCGCAACUCCUAACCCUUUUGUGGACAACUCUACCAAGGGUUGAUUCAACUAGGUCGUUUCAUUAAUCUUCAGUGGAAUGGAAG